GGCGGGGCUAAAGAGGGACAUCAUGGCCGCCCCCAGCGCGCCGCGUCCGGCAGCUAGUAGGUGGCGCGCUGACCGGUAGCUCCGCCACCGCGGCCCCGCCCUCUGCCCUCACCAGCCGAUCCUGGGUUGGACGCGGGCGGUACAGCGAGGCGGCGGUCGCAGAGGGAAACAUGGGGACGGUGCACGCCCGGAGUCUGGAGCCGCUCCCAGCCAGUGGGCCUGAGUUUGGGGGGUUAGGAGAAGAAGCUGAAUUUGUUGAAGUCGAACCUGAAGCCAAACAGGAAAUCCUCGAAAACAAAGAUGUGGUGGUCCAGCACGUUCACUUCGAUGGGCUCGGAAGGACGAAGGAUGACAUCAUCAUGUAUGAGAUCGGAGACGUUUUUAAGGCCAAAAACCUGAUUGAGGUGAUGCGGAAGUCUCACGAGGCCCGCGAGAAGCUGCUCCGUCUGGGGAUAUUUAAGCAAGUGGAUGUUCUCAUCGACACGUGCCAAGGCGACGACGCCCUCCCCAACGGGCUGGACGUGACCUUCGAAGUCACCGAGCUGAGGAGGCUGACGGGCAGCUACAACACCAUGGUCGGGAACAACGAGGGCAGCAUGGUGCUCGGCCUCAAGCUGCCCAACGUCCUGGGCCGGGCGGAGAAGGUGACGUUUCAGUUUUCCUACGGAACAAAGGAAACUUCCUACGGCCUGUCCUUCUUCAAACCACAGCCCGGAAACUUCCAGAGAAACUUCUCCGUGAACUUGUACAAGGUCACCGGGCAGUUCCCGUGGAGUUCGCUUCGGGAGACGGACCGGGGCGUCUCGGCGGAGUACAGUUUCCCCCUGUGGAGGACCAGCCACACCGUCAAGUGGGAGGGCGUGUGGCGGGAGCUGGGCUGCCUCGCCAGGACGGCGUCCUUCGCCGUCCGCCAGGAGAGCGGCCACUCGCUGAAGUCGUCGCUUUCGCACGCCAUGGUCAUCGACUCCCGGAACUCCUCCAUCCUACCCAAGAGAGGCGCACUGCUGAAAGUCAACCAGGAGCUGGCCGGCUACACCGGCGGGGACGUGAACUUCAUAAAAGAAGACUUUGAGCUGCAGCUGAAUAAACAGCUCGUACUGGACUCUGUUUUUUCGGCAUCUCUCUGGGGCGGAAUGCUGGUACCCAUCGGUGAUAAACCAUCAAGUAUUGCUGACAGGUUUUACCUCGGGGGACCCACGAGCGUGCGCGGCUUCAGCAUGCACAGCGUCGGGCCGCAGAGCGAAGGAGACUACCUGGGCGGGGAGGCGUACUGGGCCGGUGGCCUGCACCUGUACACCCCGCUCCCGUUCCGGCCGGGCCAGGGCGGCUUCGGGGAGCUUUUCAGAACCCACUUCUUCCUCAACGCGGGGAACCUCUGCAACCUCAACUACGGGGAGGGGCCCCGCGCGCACCUCCGGAAGCUGGCGGAGUGCAUCCGCUGGUCCUACGGAGCCGGCGUGGUGCUGCGGCUGGGCAACAUCGCGCGGCUGGAGCUCAACUACUGCAUCCCCAUGGGCGUGCAGGCGGGCGACAGGGUGUGUGACGGCGUCCAGUUCGGGGCCGGGAUCCGGUUCCUGUAGCCGCGGCGGAGCGCCCUCCAGCGCGCCCAGGAGAAGCGGGGGGACUCGGGCGGCAGCGAGCCCCCUGGCGCCACGGGCCCGCUCUCCACGCGACCACGUGCCAGCGAGUCUGCCCGUCGCCCCGUGGGAACCCACCUCAAUAAAUUUUCGAGACACACACUCA